GAUGCGAAACAAGCGACAUCGAGAGAACCUUCGGGAUUCAAGGUGGAAGGAGAAGAAAGCAGGCAAAUAAAGAGCCCUUUCUUUGAUUUGGAGAGUCGAACCCCAACUCCCUAAUCAAAGAAAACCUAGUGGCAUCGAUCUCGACGAAGCGAGAAGUAGCAGCCAUGGCGGAUGGAUCCGACGAGAAAUUGGCCUACUUCCAGGCCAUCACUGGCCUCGACGACCCCGACCUCUGCACCGAGAUCCUCUCCGCCCACAACUGGGACCUCGAGCUAGCAAUCUCCUCUUUCACCUCCCAUGCUGCCCCGUCCUCCUCCUCCUCCAUUCCCCCCUCUUCCGCUGCGGCCUCCUCCUCCAUUCCCCUCUCUGUCGCUGCGGCCUCCUCCUCCGCCCCGCCCGCAGUCGCCGCCCCUCCUCCUGGUCUUGCCUGGAAAAUCGUCACCCUCCCUUUCUACGUCGUGUCCGGCGGAGUCCACCUUGUCACCGGCGCCGUUGGCCUUGGUUUCUGGAUCGCCGGCGGGGUCCUAUCCCGGACCCUCGGUCUUCUUGGCAUUUCCGCCGCGCCGAGGGAUCAGGAGGCCGACCGCCUGAUCCCCCUCUCCGCCUCUGCGGCUGAGGCUGCGGACUUCGUCGCGGCCUUUGAGAGGGUCUACGGAGGCGCCGCCUCCAGCACAGGGCCCCGUUUCGUCGCAGAGGGGUUCAUGGACGCCCUCCAUCGAUCCCAGCGGGAGUAUAAGCUGAUGUUCGUGUACCUGCACUCGCCGGAACACCCGGACGUGCCAGCCUUCUGCGAGGGAUGCCUGUAUUCACCCGCAGUGGCGGCAUUUGUGAACGAGAACUUUGUGGCCUGGGGCGGGAGCAUAAGGAGGGAGGAAGGUUUCAAGAUGAGCAAUAGCCUUAAGGCAUCACGGUUCCCCUUCUGUGCCCUGGUCAUGCCUUCCACUAACCAGAGGAUUGUUCUACUUCAGCAGAUCGAGGGAUCCAAGUCUCCAGAAGAAAUGCUUACCAUCCUUCAACGUGUAGUAGAGGAGUGUGCUCCAUCAUUGGUUGUAGCAAGACUUGAUGCAGAAGAACGGCGAAACAAUCAGCGAUUGCGAGAAGAACAAGAUGCCGCAUAUAGAGCAGCACUUGAAGCUGAUCAAGCCAGAGAGCGUCAGAGGAGAGAAGAAGAAGAGAGGUUAAAGAGAGAAGCUGAAGAAGCUGAAAGGAAGCGUAAAGAAGAAGAAGAGGCCUUGGAAAGAGCAGCACGUGAAGCUGCUGAGAAAGAAGCUGCUCUUGCUAGAAGACAGCAAGAGAAAGCAAUAUCGCUGGGUCCUGAGCCUGACAAAGGGCCUGAUGUUACGCAAGUCCUCGUUCGAUUCCCAACCGGAGAGCGCAAGGAAAGGAGGUUCAAUAGCUCAGCAACAGUUAGCUCUUUAUAUGACUAUGUCGAUUCGCUGGGGUGCUUGAAAGCUGAAAACUGCACGCUGGUUUCGAACUUUCCCCGUGUUUCCUAUGGGUCAGAAAAGCAUUCGUUGACGCUGAAGGAAGCAGGUCUGCAUCCACAGGCAAGCCUCUUCGUUGAGAUCGACUCAUGAGAAUUAGUCAUGAGGUCAGGCCUUUUGAGUACUUACAUGCUUCUUGUAGAUACUACCUUUGCUUCUGAACGAAGGGGAAAAGAGCGCGAGGGAAGGUCAUCUGUGUUUUGUUGAACAUGAUUCGAUGUUCUCCAUUCAUCUCAAAUUCUUCUCCUUUAUUAUGAUCCUUUUCCUUUCCUUCAUGAUGAUAAUUAGGAUUCUACAGUUCAUGGUCAGUACAAUAAUGUUGAUUGUUAGGCCGUGUGUUUGACUUCAUUUAGCUGUUUGCGCUAUGUACUUUAUAGGAGGUCUAAUAAACCGCAGCAGUCAUUUUCUUUAU